CAUUUUGUGUUUAAUAAGGUCUCAAUGCCUUAGCUAUUUCGUCGCCAGGAAUCUAGUCUCCCACAUAAUCCCUACCCGUCGUAAUCCUCAGUCAUGGCGUUGAAGCUUCAAGAAAUUGACCCCGAAAAAGAUUUCCCGGCACUAGCCAGAUGCCUGUUUGAAUCUUACGAGGAUCCUCCACAAAAAUUUUUCCAUGUCUUUUUCCCGAUCCAUGGUACUGGAUCCGAGGCCCGUGAGGAGGCCAUCAAGGAGGCGGCCGAUCGUUUGAAAUUAUGGCAUACCCAUGACCCUUCGAGUUAUUGGCAGAAGGUUGUCGAUGAAAGCACUGGGAAGAUCGCAGGGGGCUCUCUUUGGAACAUCCACGAGCAAAAUCCAUUCGCCAACCCCCCUGCCUCGGCACCAACUUGGUUUCCAGACGAUGGAUCCCGCAGAUUCGUCGAGAAAGCGCUUGAGAAUCAUAGUCGGCCGCGGGCCACGGUAGCGCAGAAGCCCCAUCUCUACCUCUUCAUCAUCUUCACACAUCCAGAUUACCGCCGCAAGGGAGUUGGACAACAAUUCAUGGACUGGGGUAUGAAGAAGGCUGAUGAGAAAGGAUUCGACUUCUACUUAGACUCUACCCCAUAUGGAAGGCCAUUAUAUGAGGCAAAUGGGUUCACCUACCUCGAAGAGAAUGUAAACAUCCCAAAAACUGAGAAUCCGGAUGAGAAAUGGAAGGAAGUGGAAGACAAAGUCGGUCCUUUCACGUUCUGGCUCAUGGUGCGGCCUUUUGGCGGCAGCAAAUCUUCAUCCGCCGAUUAAGGAUGAUGUCGAGAUAAAGUUCUGAAACGUUCCGAUGAGUUGCGGACGACAUUAGUCAUCAAUACGAUGUUUUCCACGCGCUUGGGCCUUCCUAAAAUGGCAUGUGAUAAUGAUCGUGGUAUUGAAAAAGCAACGAUUUUUCAGUCACUUUCGUUUAUAGGUAGGACUUUAUCUCAGGCCAUUCACACUGUCAACGGUGAGUCAACUAUUCAAGUUGAAUUCUUUACAUGCAAAUAAAAUCACCAUAACGCUCCAGUUUGACAUACUCCCACGCCGCAUAACAGGUGGCUACAGUGGAACCUGAUAUCUUCAGAUA